GCAGCGCACUGUAUGGCAGCAGGAAGAGGAGACACGUGUGUGCCUGCGACCACCGGGAGGCAUCAUGGCUCUCUACCAGACGGCAGCAGGGAUCCUGGAGAAGCUGCAGCGAAAGGAGGGGGCCGUGAAGACCUUCGUAUAUGACAGUGGCUUUAAGAACGUGCGGCAGUUGUAUGCCCUGCUUUGUGAGACGCUGCGCUACUCGCAAGUGAUAGAAGAGAUCAUCAGCAGUUCAGGACUGAUUUGUGGAACAAAGAAAUUGCCUAUGAAUUUGGCUAAAGUGCUGGUGUAUGACUUGCUUUUUGGAAAAGGACUUCAAUGCGGGGGCCGAUGGAAAUCGACCAUCCUAGCGCAGCGGGCAAGACUACAUGCAGAGCUUGCCAAACUCAAAGUCAAGAAAAAGGUCAGCAGCAACCAGGAUUUGGUGACAUCAAUGGGUGGCUCAUCUGAUGGCCAUUCUUUGCCACGCUAUGUACGUAUCAACACACUGAAGACCUCCAUGAAUGAUGUCAUAACUUACUUCAAGCGUAAAGGUUAUACUUACCUGGGCAAAGCUCGCAGCAUCAAGGAGCUGGUUGAUUUUGCACAGAAAUCUGGGAAGUUGUUCCUUCAGGAUCUUCACAUCCCCAACCUGCUAGUUUUUCGACCCAGUACAGACUUUCACAAGGACUCCUUAUACACAGCUGGACACCUCAUACUGCAGGACAAGGCAAGUUGUCUCCCAGCGUUACUUCUGGACCCUCCUGUGGGUGCCUGUGUCAUUGAUGCUUGCGCUGCCCCUGGAAACAAAACAAGUCAGCUGGCUGCCAUAGUACAGAAUAAGGGAAAAGUCUUUGCCUUUGACCUGGACACAAAACGUUUGGCAACGAUGAGUACACUGCUCCUGCGUGCUGGAGUCACAUGUCAGGAACUGGCCAACCAGGACUUCCUUACAGUCAAUCCGUGCGAACCAAAGUACCAAAAAGUCAGUCACAUCUUGGUGGAUCCAUCAUGUAGUGGAUCAGGUAUGCCGGAUCGGGUGAGGGUCCUCACAGAUGAGGCAGGGUGUGACCAGAAAGAGAGGCUGCAGGCUUUGUCAGCUUUCCAGAAGCGGGCUGUAUCCCAUGCUCUCAAAUUCCCUGCGGUGGAGUAUGUCGUGUACUCCACCUGCUCCGUACACCAGCAGGAAAAUGAGGAUGUGGUGAAGGACAUUCUGGAGCAACACCCAGACUUCAGGUUGGUUAAUGUUCUUCCUUCAUGGCCAGCGCGGGGGCUGAACACGUUCCCGGGAUCAGAGUGUUGUCUGCGGGCCUCUUUGUCAGAAACGCUGACUAAUGGAUUUUUUGUAGCGCUAUUUCAGCGCAAGUCCCCAGAGGAGAAAAGGGCAUCUGAAGAACUGAAUCCACCAAUUCUACCUGAAGUAAGUGGCUCAGAAGGAGAGAGUGAGAACAAUGAGAUGAAGAAAGCCAAAGAGAAAUCUUCUCAGGUCCAGUCCAAAAGGAAGUCUGACUGUAUCCUUCAGGAUUCCUUCAGCUGCACAAAGAAAAAGCGGAAGAAGAAGAAGCGUAAAACAGACCAAUCCUGAUGUUUUUACCUGGUGCUGUGUACUUUGAGAAUGGAUUUGAGACUGUUCUUUAAAAAAAAAAAAAAAUAAUAUAUAUAUAUAUAUAUAUAUAACACUACUUAUGAGGUACCAUUAUAUAAAUCAACCAAGAGUUGUUACUACUUCUCUACUGCCUUGGGGACCCGGAUAAUGGAAUGCCAGUGAUUGCUGUAGAUACAACUGCUGCUUUAUUGCGGACUGCCAGAUUAAAAGAAUCUACCACA